AUGGUCCAGACGAGAACGCACACCGAAGGCGCAGUAUUCGCCGUUCAUGUUGGUCGCCAGCGUGGUAUCUUUCUGACUUGGCGCGAGGUCCUCAAGCAAGUGAAGGACUUCGAAGGAGCGAUCUACAAGAAACACAGCACUCGCGAAGCAGCCGAGUUGUGGCUCGAGGGCUACGCCGCGAAGGACGCCCUUAAAGCUUCUGCCCAAAUGACCACAUCGAAUUAUCAGGCUACUCGCGUGCCUUUGCUGAAUGCUCUUGAGCUGGAGCUCAAUGCACCCACAUCCCGGGAGAACGUGGGGAAACAUACCGUCGGGACUACUGCGCCCGCUUGGGAUAUGACGAUGGACGCGGAGGACUCAGACGAUGGCAUCCCGGGAGUGCGCGAACUUGAGGAGCUCUUGCGCCGUGCGCGCAUCAAAGAGGCCGCCAAAGCAAAGGCGAGACUGGGUGCAGCAGCCGAAGCCGAGUGGGAGCACGCCAUGGAUCGAAAUGCGAGUGGCAGAGUGAAAAGGGAGGACGUGCGGGUAAAAAAGGAAGAGGUCGUAGAAGUGGACGCAAAGACCUGGUCAAUGGCGAAAGUGGAGACAGGCGUAGGGAGGCCAGACGACCGCCGCUACACUUCGUCAGAGAAGGGCAAGUGGCGAGCAGGAACUUCUCGGGCCCCUGCGGCCACUGCCUCAGCCCCAGUUUCAAAAGAAGAGACGUCGAAGCCGCGCCAGCAUACGCGAGCAGCUCUGGAGACUGUGGCGGCGAAGUCCGAACCGGCUCCUACAUCCGCCACGCGUCCUGCACCCUCGGCCAUACCGACUUCAAACCAUACAGUGUCUGCACCUCCACGCCAGGCUCGCCCUCCGUCUCCGCCCUUAGUUCCUACGGCUACCACGGAGCGGGGCAGAAAAUUGGUCACGUCAUCAACGACUAAUACGCUUACUGCCCCUGCUACUUCUUCUUUGAGCACCAUCGCGAGAUAUCCAGCUGCUCCUGGACCGAUAAUCAUCGCAUACACAGACGGUUCGUCGCGAAACAAUCAGUCACAAGCCUCCCGAAGGGCAGGGUACGGUAUACACUGGGCCGCAGGUCGUCCCGCUGGUGUUCCUGGGGAUAUCUCGCGUCGCUUGGCGAACGGAAUGACCAAUAACUACGCUGAGCUACUUGCCAUCAUUCGAACCUUGGAGUAUACGAGUUCAGACUCGCGACCCCUGAAGAUCUUAUCAGAUUCUGAUUACUCACUCAAAUGUUUCCUUUGGAUCGUCAACUGGCGCAAGCAUGGGUGGAAAAAACCAAAUGGCGAAGAGAUCAAGAACCUGGACAUGAUCCGUUACAUGGUCGCGCUUCAGGCUCUACGAGCUCAGCCUGCAAAGCUAGAACACGUGCCCGGGCAUGCGAAGCAAGGAAUACACAGGGUCGGCAAUGACAUUGCAGAUAAGCUCGCUAGUACCGGAGCGGACCUGCCUGAGAGCGCUGCUGAACCGGACACACUCAAUGAUUGGGCACAGCGGAGGGCGAGCGCGGAGAGACGGGUUGAAGAGCAGGAGAAGAAGAGGAAGAGCGAGACCGUGCAUAUCGACGUUGGUGGCGCGUUAGGGCUCACGUCUGAGGCUGCAGCACCAGCCGCGAACGUCACCGCUACGACUCAGGCGAUCAGUCAGAUGACUAUCACGGCGAGGGAGCAGGAGACCAUGCCGAAGACUGAGGGCGGUGGCAGCACCCAGCAAUGGAAUAGGGGGAAGCUCUCCCGGCAAGGGAUCAUGGCUGCACUACACGCGCCACUUCCCGGUCCAGGCACUGCGACGAGUGGCCCAUCCGCUUCCACGCCAUCUCAGCCAAGCUCGACAUCCAACCCGCAGCCGGCAUCUGCCCCAGCUUUGCAGCCACAGAAUCCGUCGACGCCUGUGCGUGCGUCUAUGCCCUCAGCCAGCGCGCCACCCACUGCUACAUCUCGGGCCUCUGCGGCGUCAACUCCCCGAACUCCCAGCCGAACGACGGCGCGUGCGGGCGGAUCUGUGGCGACCGCGACGAAUCGCGUGCAUACCACUCCGGUCGCUGCGGGGCCGUCAAAGCAGAAUGGCAAAGUCAUCGUGCGCGUGGUUGACGAAGACGAAUAUAAAGACGAUUUUUGGAACGAGGACGAUACGUUCGAAGACGAAGAGAUGAUCGCCGAGGCCAUGGGACGAUGA